GGGAAACUUCGCGCGUUGCAGGAGACUUUUGGCCGCGCUCGCGACCCGUAGAACCGGAAGGAGAAGGAAGCAGGAAGUGGGGGACUUUUUGAAGCGGCUGCUCCUGAGGGGAACUGAGGCAGGUAAUAUUCCUGGACCAUGGAGACACAAGGGGGUUCCAGAGGCACUCCCGUCCACGUUUGCAAGGAUGGUCCAAGCAAGCCCUCCAUCCCGCAGAAAAACGCCUACGCUCGGCUCGUGCAGAAGCACCACAGUGGACGGUUCCAUUCUUACUUGAACCACAUUGCUCAGAAGCUGCAGCUGGAAGAAGGUGCCCCAAAUGAAUUAGGUUUGGAUAUUGAGCCAUCCUUGAAAAGGGGCCUGGUGAGAGAAGCUCUGCUGAAAAAUGGGAUGAAAGCACCAGGUGGCUUUCAAGUGAGAGCAAUGCCUCCAGGACAGCUGGAGGUGGGACGAUCGGAACGCCUGAAUGACAGCCGAGAGGAAGGUUUUGCCAGGAAGCAGCAGCAGCAGCCCCACUAUCAUAGGGAUCCCAAUGCUGGCAAAGGAGACAACAGUCAGGAUGUAGUGGUGGAAGAAGAGGAUCACAUUUCUCCUAACCGCCAUGGAGAUACAGUGGCCAUCUUCAGAGUGAAGCAGGUGGUGGGCGGCCAAAGGCUGUUGACCAGACCAGCUGUCUCGCAGCAGCAGACCUCCAGUUCUGGAGAAAGGGACCAUGAGGAGUUGCGGAGUAAAGACAGUAGCAGUGAUCCUCCAACCAUCUUGGGGAGAUCAGAAGGCUCUGCUGGGCAGUUUGGCAUGGAUUUGCCCACAGCGAAUGCUAGGAAGACUGGCUUCUUAUCGCCCAGCCAACCUCAUGGUGCUGACAAGCGAGGUUCAGCAAGGACCAGAAACAACUCCGAGUCAGCUAGGGCCCCUCCAAAUGUAGACCGGAGGCGACAACUCUCUGAAUCCCAGGCAGACACCGUGAGCAACUCUGAAGGCAGAAUGAACCUCCGACAGCAAGGGACUCCGAAAGUAGGUCUGCACACUGCUAGCUUGACCCCCAAUGAAAAGAAGAACCGGAACAAACCAACCAGGCGGAGGAAGAAAGUGUUUGAAACCUACAUGUCAAAGGAGGACGUCUCAGCAGGUCUGAAACGGAAAACACUCAUCCAGGGGUCCUUGAGAAUAAAUCCCAAGAAGUACCACGAAGCCUUCAUUCCGUCUCCAGAUGGCACUCGGGAUAUCUUCAUUGACGGAGUUGUUGCUCGCAACCGAGCCCUGAAUGGGGAUAUUGUGGUGGUGAAGCUACUUCCAAAAGAAGAGGGGAAGGUAACCAAGGCAGAGGGUUGUGAUAGUGAAGUGGAAGGUGCCCAAGGAGCAGAUACCACUGCGGAUUCCUGCGCCCUUCCUGACCCAGGGAAAGGAGAUGCCAACAGCCCUGAUGUGGUCAUAGAGUCUCAGUUUGGUGGUGAAGAGGCCGAGAAUGUAAAAGAAAGCACAGGAGAGGAUUUCAAGCGCCUGUCCCUCGGAGCAGGAGAAAAGGGGAAGGAUCCGGAGGCUUGCGGCACCUGCCCUGGGAAGCAAGAUAACGCCUCUAAGACGAAUGAUCCAGACCAGAUUCAGAAGACUGCCAAGGUGGUCUACAUCUUGGAGAAGAAGCAUUCCAGGGUUGCAACGGGCUUCAUCCGGCUCUUGACUGACCGCAACAGCGAACGGUUCAAGAAGUGCGCCAUGUUUUCACCCGUGGACCACAGAGUGCCUCGUGCGUACGUGGCCUUGGCUGACUGCCCACCCGAUUUUGCCACCAGGCCCGAGGACUAUGCAAACACUCUCUUCAUCUGCCGUAUCGUGGACUGGAGAGAGGACAGCAAUUUUGCCUUCGGGCAGUUGGCCCAAAGUCUUGGGCAGGCUGGUGAAAUUGAGCCGGAAACUGAAGGCAUCCUGACAGAGUACGGGGUAGAUUUCUCUGACUUUGCUCCAGAGGUCCUGCGGUGUCUCCCCCAGAACCUCCCCUGGGUCAUCCCUCCUGAGGAAUUGGCCAAAAGAAGAGACCUAAGAGACGAAUGCAUCUUCACCAUUGACCCGUCAACAGCUAAGGAUCUUGAUGACGCUUUGUCCUGCAAGCCACUUCCAGAUGGUAACUUUGAAGUGGGCGUUCACAUUGCAGAUGUGAGUUAUUUUGUGCUGGAAGGAACGGAACUGGAUGAAGUGGCGAGCAAGAGAGCAACCAGCGUCUACCUUGUGCAGAAGGUGGUCCCCAUGCUUCCUAAACUGCUCUGCGAAGAGCUCUGCAGUCUCAAUCCCAUGACCGACAGGCUCACCUUCUCUGUCAUAUGGAAACUGAGUCCAGAAGGCAAGAUUCUUGAUGAGUGGUUUGGGCGGACGGUGAUCCGUUCCUGUGCAAAGCUCAGCUAUGACCAUGCCCAAAGUAUGAUCGAGAACCCCGAGAAGGAGUUUGGCACGCAAGAGCUCCCUCCCAUCUCCCCACAACAUUCAGUUGCCAAAGUUCGCCAGGCAGUCCUCAAUCUCCAUCAAAUUGCCAAGAAGCUGCGGAACCAGCGUUUUGAGGAUGGUGCUCUUCGGUUGGAUCAGCUGAAACUGGCGUUUACUUUGGACAAGGAGAACGGGAUGCCACAAGGCUGUUACAUCUAUCAGUACCGGGACAGCAACAAGUUGGUGGAGGAGUUUAUGCUCCUGGCAAACAUGGCUGUCGCGCACCAGAUCUUCCGCUCCUUCCCGAAGAAGGCUUUGCUGCGGAGGCACCCCCCGCCCCAGACCAAAAUGCUCAACGACCUCAUGGAGUUUUGCACCCAGAUGGGCCUGGAGAUUGACUGCAGCAACGCUGGCACCUUGCAUAAAAGCCUGAAUGAAAUCUUUGGCGCUGACAAAUACGCAGAAGCCAGGAAAGAGGUGCUGACCAACAUGUUCUCACGACCCAUGCAAAUGGCCGUGUAUUUCUGUGCCGGGAUGCUGGAGGAUGAAACCCUCUUCCGCCACUAUGCCCUGAACGUGCCCCUCUACACCCACUUCACGUCGCCCAUCCGCCGCUUCCCAGACAUCAUGGUGCAUCGGCUGCUCUCGGCCUCCCUGGGUUGUGGACCCAUGACACGCCUGGCGGAGGCUGACCUGCAGAAGCAGGCUGAGCACUGCAACGAUCGCAAAAUGGCCUCCAAGAGGGUGCAAGAGCUCAGCGCUGACCUCUUCUUUGCCGUCUUUGUCAAGGAGUGUGGCCCACUCGAGUCCGAAGCCAUGGUGAUGGGGGUCCUCAAUGAAGCCUUUGAUGUCCUGGUGCUGAAGUUUGGCGUCCAGAAGCGCAUCUACUGCAACGCUUUGCCACUGGUGGGCUUCCAGUUCCAGAAGAUAGGCAAGAAGCCUCAGCUGACGCUGAUGUGGGAACCAGAGAACUCAGAGGAGGAGGCUGUGCAACAGGUCAUUUCUGUCUUCACGUUGGUGGAGGUGGUCUUGCGGUCAGACAGUGCCCCCUUGAAGUACAGUGCUGUGCUGAAGAGACCCGGAGCAGAGGAGUGAAGCAACCGGUGUCCAGAGAAGGCAUCCCAGCCCUCUGUCCAGCGGAGACUGCCAAAACUGUCCUGCCCACACAGGCUGCAACUUCCAAUAACUCAAAUUGUGUUAAAUUCUGCCUUUGGGCCUUUUAUUUUAAUUUUAUUUGCAGACCGAUUUUGCUUUUACCCCUGGAUUUUUAACCCAAAUGGUCUACACUGGAUUAUAUAACAAUGUAGAUGAGGCAUGGGCAAACUUUGGCCCUCCGGGUGUUUUGGACUUCAACUCCCACAAUUCCUAACAGCCGGUAGGCUGUUAGGAAUUGUGGGAGUUGAAGUCCAAAACACCCGGAGGGCCAAAGUUCGCACAUAAAUGGUGCAGACUGAUAUAAUCCAGUUCAAAGCAGAGAAUCCGGAUUCAGAAACUGGAUUAUAUGGCAGCGUAGAUCCAGCCUGUGAAGGAUGCGAAACCGCUCAGUUUAAGACUAAGUUUAAGCCACUGCCUCUGCGUAAAAAAGUCUUCCACAACCUGAUGCCUUCCAGAUGUGUCAGAAUACAACCACAAAGGCAGUCGCAGGUUGCAUCUACACUGUGGAAUGAAUGCAGUUUGACACCACUUUUAAAAUUACAUUUCAAUGGUGUUGAAUCACGGGAUUUAUAGUUUGAUGAUGAGCACUCAUCACAACAGAGAAGGCAAAAGUCCAACUCCCAGGAAUCCAUAACAUUGAGUCUUGGUAUUUAAAGUGGUAUCAAAAUGCAUUAAUUCUACAGUGUAGACACACCUUUAGCCCAACACACCUGGAGGGCCAUACUUCCUGGAACCAAGAAGAAUUGUAGUUCAACAUGGCACCAAUGUGAAGGAAAAGAAACAUUAUUCGAGUUGUCGAAGGCUUUCAUGGCUGGGAUCACAGGGUUGCUGUAUGUUUUCCGGGCUGUAUGGCCAUGUUCCAGAAGUAUUCUCUCCUGACGUUUCACCCACAUCUAUGGCAGGCAUCCUCAGAAGUGCUUGCCAUAGAUGUGGGCGAAACGUCAGGAGAGAAUACUUCUAGAACAUGGCCAUACAGCCCGGAAAACAUACAGCAACCCAAACAUUCUUUGCUUUGUGUUGCCGAUAUAAACACUUUUGCCAUUGUGUGGCCAGGCAGCUGUUUGCAAAGGUCGUUCCUGCAGGGCUCUAAUCUCUGGUUUAAUUAAAAAGAAAGACAUGGUCAA